AUGGUGGAUACAGUGGGCACAUGGAGCACAUGGAGGAUACAGUGGGCACAUGGAGCAUAUGGUGGAUACAGUGGGCACAUGGAGGAUACAGUGGGCACAUGGAGCACAUGGGGGAUACAGUGGGCACAUGGAGCACAUGGAGGAUACAGUGGGCACAUGGAGCACAUGGAGCACAUGGAGGAUACAGUGGGCACAUGGAGGAUACAGUGGGCACAUGGAGCACAUGGAGGAUACAGUGGGCACAUGGAGCAUAUGGAGGAUACAGUGGGCACAUGGAGGAUACAGUGGGCACAUGGAGCACAUGGAGGAUACAGUGGGCACAUGGAGCACAUGGAGGAUACAGUGGGCACAUGGAGCACAUGGGGGAUGGGCACAUUGAGGAUACAGUGGGCACAUGGAGCACAUGGAGGAUACAAUGGGCACAUGGAGCACAUGGAGGAUACAGUGGGCACAUUGAGGAUACAGUGGGCACAUGGAGCACAUGGAGGAUACAGUGGGCACAUGGAGGAUACAGUGGGCACAUGGAGGAUACAGUGGGCACAUGGAGCACAUGGAGGAUACAGUGGGCACAUGGAGGAUACAGUGGGCACAUGGAGCACAUGGAGGAUACAGUGGGCACAUGGAGGAUACAGUGGGCACAUGGAGCACAUGGAGGAUACAGUGGGCACAUGGAGCACAUGGAGGAUACAGUGGGCACAUGGAGCACAUGGAGGAUACAGUGGGCACAUGGAGCACAUGGAGGAUACAGUGGGCACAUGGAGGAUACAGUGGGCACAUGGAGCACAUGGAGGAUACAGUGGGCACAUGGAGGAUACAGUGGGCACAUGGAGCAUAUGGAGGAUACAGUGGGCACAUGGGGGAUACAGUGGGCACAUGGAGCACAUGGAGGAUACAGUGGGCACAUGGAGCAUAUGGAGGAUACAGUGGGCACAUGGAGGAUACAGUGGGCACAUGGGGGAUACAGUGGGCACAUGGAGCACAUGGAGGAUACAGUGGGCACAUGGAGCACAUGGGGGAUACAGUGGGCACAUGGAGCACAUGGAGGAUACAGUGGGCACAUGGAGCACAUGGAGGAUACAGUGGGCACAUGGAGCACAUGGAGGAUACAGUGGGCACAUGGAGCACAUGGGGGAUACAGUGGGCACAUGGAGCAUAUGGAGGAUACAGUGGGCACAUGGAGCACAUGGAGGAUACAGUGGGCACAUGGAGCACAUGGAGGAUACAGUGGGCACAUGGAGGAUACAGUGGGUACAUGGAGGAUACAGUGGGCACAUGGAGCACAUGGAGGAUACAGUGGGCACAUGGAGCACAUGGAGGAUACAGUGGGCACAUGGGGGAUACAGUGGGUACAUGGAGCACAUGGGGGAUACAGUGGGCACAUGGAGCACAUGGGGGAUACAGUGGGCACAUGGAGCACAUGGAGGAUACAGUGGGCACAUGGGGGAUACAGUGGGUACAUGGAGCACAUGGAGGAUACAGUGGGCACAUGGACCACAUGGGGGAUACAGUGGGCACAUGGAGCACAUGGAGGAUACAGUGGGCACAUGGAGGAUACAGUGGGCACAUGGAGCACAUGGAGGAUACAGUGGGCAGAUGGAGGAUACAGUGGGCACAUGGAGCACAUGGGGGAUACAGUGGGCACAUGGAGCACAUGUGGGAUACAGUGGGCACAUGGAGCACAUGGAGGAUACAGUGGGCACAUGGAGCAUAUCCUGGAUACAGUGCACCGAAUUGGACCAAAGACAGACAGUAGGGUGA